AUGUUCAAAUUAAUUUUGGAAAGUUGUUUGCUCACCGUUGUCCUCCUCCUUUUUCUGUUUUCCAAAUCAUCGAAUAUCGUCUCCGCUGCCUGCAAUUCCUGCUCUGUCGGGUCUAAUUUAGCCUGCGCAUCGCAAACGCAGUUCCAAGUAUGCGUCGAUGGCUUACCAACAGGAACGCCGUUGAGUUGCCCGAGCGAAUACAUUUGCUCAACAACUGCUGCAAACAUUUGUGUACCGAGUGAUAACACGAGUGUAGAUGGCGAUUGCACUGAAUGCUAUAUUUGUGAUGCUUCCCAAACCUUUGCCUGCACUGGUGUUCGCACUUUCGCCCUAUGUCUAGGCACCAAAGCCGUUAGUAAUAUAGGUGGCAACUGUGCGCUCUAUCUUGUGUGUAGUAUCGACUAUCCGCACAUAUGUGGCGAUGAAACCAUGAUUCCACCCACGUGUCCUACCACAGUUGACAGUCCUACUACGACGACUACUUCAGGUUCGGUAAUUGUGACAAAUCCAGUUGCAUAUUGCCAAACUAUACAACAAAAUGGUCGUUUUGCAGUUGGAAAUGAACUUAAAACAACCUGUCAGCAAUAUGUCUACUGCUUCAUAAAUGGCAACGUUUGGAGUGGCGCGAUCUACUACUGUCCAAGUGAUACUUAUUUUGAUACUUCCUCACGGUAUUGUUCACCAGUUGUACCGGCCCGUUGCGUUAGCUCAACACAGUUGUUGUAUUUGGGGGCUUCCGAACCAAGCUUCGACGAUGUCCAGGGAAUGGAGUGAGCGAUAUUUUUACGAUUUGGAAAGAUUAAAAAGUUAAGUAGUUAUAAUAAAUAUUUGAUAUGUUUUUUGUUGAUGGUGGAAUCUUUGUAGAAUAUUUUAGUAGUUAAAGGUUUGUAAAGCACUCGUUAUUAUGACGAACUGUGGUUACUACCAAAUCGAUUGCUUCAUUUUGCCACAAACUAUAUAAGAUGUUAAAUCUCUUAAAAUAUUGUCAAUUUUAUAGUUUUUUAUGUUUAAU